AUGGUCAAAGAUAACGAAACAGUCAUCGAAGAGUUCAACGACCUCGUCAACAUGACAGCCGACGAGCUUCGAAACUGGUUAAAAGAAGAACAGUCCCAGUCCUCCGGUUGGGGCGCUGAGUCCGGAGAGACAGUCGGUCAUGAAAGCGGACGCAAAAUCGUCUCCAUCCUCGAACACAACCCCGACAAAGACCCGAACAAGUACAGAGAUGAGGAUCUCGAACAUAUGAGAAAGGUGGUGUCUUAUUGCAAGAGACAUCUUGCACAGGAGGAGAAGGCGAAGCAGAAUACGGACAGUAAGAGCUAUAAAUCGCUGAAGAACUGGGGCCACGACCCUUUGAAGAACUAG